CGAGUUCUACAGCUACAAACGAUGAGAACCCCUGGGUAGUCUUAUGCAAUCUAUCAUAUGCUCUACGCGAUCCGAAUUUCCGACCCUUUUGAGCCCCUCCCGUCACCAUGACCGAUUAUUCGAAAUGGAAGGUUACCGAUCUGAAGGCGGAGCUGAAGCGACGUGGGAUUCCCCAGACUGGUUUAAGGGUUAAACAACAAAUCGUCAACAAGCUUCUCGAAGAAGACGCUAAUGGACAGGGAGGCGAUGCAAAUGAAGCUUCUCCUGCGGUCGAAACCCCUCCGCAGGAGGACUCGCAAGCUGGGGAACCGGAAGAACCUGCAAUGGCGCCAGACGCGAAUGCUGAACAGAAAUCACAAGUGACCGCUCCUUCUACUGACGAAACCCAACCGGAGCCGGAGAUUGCUGAAGAAAACCCCGUCGAAGAUACAGUUCCGGAACCUGCACAAGCCGACGUUGCAACCAAGCCAACUGCCCAGAGAGAGGAACCUAGCAAGGAAACAAGCGAGGGGGAUGAAAAAGAACCUGCUGUAGAGGCUACAGACAAACAACCAGAGGCUGAAGAUACCGCCAAACCAGUGGAGCAGGCUCCUGGUGAUGUGGGCAAAGAGGGAUCUACAGCCAUCGCAGAGGAAGAAGUACAGGCGCCCGAGCCUGUCGAAAAAGCCUCCCCAUCAGGGCCUCAGGUGGCAGAAGUCAGCACCGGGUUAUCCACCCCUCUUCCUACAGAUGAAAUCAUUGAGGAUCGUCGAAAAAGGAAACGUCGCAGUCAAAGCCCCGCGCCUAACCCAGAGGAACUCGCAAAGAAAAGGGCCAGGGCAGCGGAGGAAAUAACCUUGGCAGAAGACAAAAAAUUACCCGGUAUUGAUGAAACACCCAGCCAGGAAGGUCCCGUGCCUAUAUCGAAAGAGAUUCAUGAAGAGCACCCUCAAGAGACAAUUUGCACUACGAAGGAAGAUGAACCCCAGAUCAAGAAGAGUGCACCUCCAAAGCACGAUGUCCGCUUUAAAGGUCUUUUUGCUCCCGCGGAGCAUGAGAAGGCACGGCCUGCAUCACCACGUCCGGAUGUUGAAAUGGAAGAUGUAGCAGUUGAACCCGCCCUGCAUGCGGCGACUGCUGCAUUAUACAUUGACGGCCUGAUGCGCCCCCUACAACCUGCAACACUCAAAAAUCAUCUGAUCGCCAUCGCAUCUGCCCCAGGCUCCCCCCCUAAUCCGGACGCGAUUUUAGAUUUCUAUCUAGAUCCCAUCAAGACCCAUUGCUUUGCCAGCUUUGCCAACGUUGCCACUGCCUCGCGCGCCCGCGCCUCUCUCCAUGGUACAGUCUGGCCAAAUGAACGGAAUCGCAAGAGUCUCUUUGUGGAUUUCAUACCCGAGGACAAGGUAUCUGGAUGGAUCCAGAGAGAGGAGGACUCCCGGGGACGCAGUGGCCCUCCUCCGCGCUGGGAGGUCAAAUACGAUCAAACUGAUAACGGAGUUCACGCAGUGCUUGAAGAGGUGGGGCUAAAAGAUGCAGGAACCCACCUCACACGCGCCCCAGAGCCGAAAGACUUUGCGCGUCCUCCUCCCCGCGGUCCCCGCGCGGAAAUGAGCGGCGGCAGGGACCGACGGCCCAGCGGCCCGUCCACAACAAAUCAUGGCUCCCAACCCGGGCAAGGAUUCAAGCCCUUGGACGAGCUCUUCAAGUCCACCGCCGCAAAGCCCAAACUCUACUAUCUUCCCGUUCCUCGAGAUCUGGCCGAUCGGCGCCUGGACCGAUUUGAUGACCUGUUGCGGAAGGGGUCAUAUCCCCGACGGGGAGGAGACAAAACCCGACGUAUUACAUUCGAAGACGGGGAUUUCUUCGUUGAUGUUGGGCCCGAAUUCGGUGGUCGAGGCCGGGGAGGACGUGGUGGGCGAGGCGGUCGUGGCCGUGGGGCAGGAAUGGCUGAUUCCAGGAGAGAUAGUCGGAAGGACUCUCAUACUAACGUCUAAAAUCUAUGCUAUACAUGUCG